AUGGUCACGUCCAAGAACCGCACCACAAACAACCAAUACCACAAACGGCACAGAAAUGGCAUCAAGAAACCCCGGUCAGAAAGAUAUGAAUCUCUUAAUGGGGUUGAACCCAAGUUCCUGAGGAACACGUGCUUUGCCAAGAAGCACAACAAGAAAGGCCUGAAGAAAAUGCAGGCCAACAAUUCAAAGGCAGUGAGUGCACACACAGAGGCCAUCAAGGCCCUUGUGAAGCCUCAGGCCAUCAAGCCCAAGAUGCCAAAGGGCCCCAGAUGCAAACUCAGUUGUCUGACUUUCAUUGCUCACCGGAAGCUUAGGAAGAGGAUUCAAAGCUACAUGGCCAAGGUCGUAGGCUCUGCCAACCAAAGCCCAAGUUCAAACCAAGGCUGA